CAGGUCAAAGAUGCAACUCGUGGCGUGGAGUGGGCUGCAGUACCCGGCGCAGAGUGCAUGUUAUUAUCUAAUGCUGGGAUCUUUCUUAGAACAGCAAAAAGUCUCACUAACUCUUAUGGUGUGGCUAUAAUUGAAGAUGUUCAGCCAGGAUACUAUCAAGUAUGUACAGAAUAUAUAUCCUACACGGGGACGUUGCCUGAGUAACUGCUUCCAGUCCUUCUUUUGUGAAUUUCUCCGAAGGUAGUCCCCAUAAUGAUUCUCAUAAAGAAUCUCGAAGAGAAUACUCCAUCCAUUUUAAAUUCAGAUAUGGAACUGACUUAAAAUAAACCGGCAAACGAGAAAAGGGGCAAGUUUCUAAAGAAAUUGUGGUGCUGAGUCGGUAGGGGAGUAUAACAAAAUAAUUUGAUUUUAUAUUUAUCAGAUGAGCUGAUCAGUGUAACUUAGCCUCCGUAAAGAGUUGCUAGUUUUUAGAAACUUUUUACAAUGGCCAACUUACAUUAUCGUCUCACUUUAUGAAACCAAAUUAUGUAUGAAUGUAAGAGGGUUUUAACGGGUGAUAUGCGUGGGCGGGUUAUUCGAGAGAAAUGUGAGUGAACGCAGCUCAGUGUUUUACCAGAUCGCUUGUCUUAUGUCUCAUGUUUUAUGGAAGAAUUAUGAGGAUCCUCAAGAAUACGAAUGAGGCUUAUUCUUCUCUUUUUAUCAAAAAGGGCUCGUGGUAAGGGUUUAGAUCACGGAUUAUAUCAUAGCCAUACAAUCAUAUCUUGAGAGUUGCAAAAUCAUAAAUUAAGAGUUAUUUCUGGUAAAUUCAGUCUUGUGUCCACUUAAGAUGGUCUUCACCUCAAUAGAUAGGCAAAAACACCUCAUCUUCCGCUUAUAGAGGUGUUGUAUCGUGAGGAGUUUGUUAUGAUCAAGGUUAUUAUCAGACGCGAACCAUUUUGGAAAACAGACUCUUCGUGAUUGAAGUGUCUGCUCUAAAGCGUUUUUAUACUGUGCUAAAAUGUGAUAACUUGCCUUCCAGAUUCGAACGUCUCGAAUUGGUUACUAUACGUUAAACGAAGACCUUACGAUCGCAUCCCACAUUGAAAAACACGCCAUGAUUAACCAAGAUAUGGUGAUAUCUCCGCGUCUCUCCCUCCGGGGAAGCGAUGACAUGUACCGUAUUGUCCUCACUUGGGGGCGUGUCCCCAAGGAUUUAGAUUCUUACGUCAUUACCCCAUGGCCUCGAGAAUCGGAAUGCAAAUCUGGAAUGGUGAGUAAAGGAAGAAUAUACAGUGGCAACUGAGGUACAGAGAUCUCGUUAAGAGCACGGCCAUGUAUUAAUUGCUUAUGUGACCAGCACUCUCCCUCUUUUUAAGUGAAUAGUGCUUCCUUCUAAGCAGUUUGUAGUGCUGACUGUUGAUCAAUUUGUUGAACCUAGCUCUGAAACACUACUCCAUCAAGGCGAACUUGAACUAACACUCGACUGCUACUCAUUCGUGGAAACUACUACAAACAAACUAAUGGCGUAACCAUGGGUACCAAAAUGGGACCCAGCUACGCCAAUCUUUUCAUAGGUUUUAUUGAACACAAAUUUUUCCGAAAAAUCAGAAAGAGACAAUAUGCCAGUUUUUCGAUCAACGCGGCUAUCCUGUUUCUGUCGUUCAAGCGGGCCACCACCGCGCCCAACAAAUUGAUCGACAGCACUACAAACGGUUCAGAAAAUAACGAUCACAUUCCAUUCACUCUCACAUUUUACCCUCACAACCACGUUGUUAAACCUAUCGUUCUUAGAAACUUUAAAUUACUUCGAAACAAUUCAGAGUCUAAUACUAUCUUUUCGCAACCUCCACCAAUUUCAUUCAAACGCGACAAAAAAAAUAGGCAGCUUUUUAGUCAGAAGUUCAUUUUAAACCUAUGACCAACUGGAACUUUCAAAUAUGCUCGCUCAAGAUGCGAAACUUGUCUUUUCAUUCCAAACGUAGAGAAAAUGUCGGGACCCAAGAAAUCCAUUAAGAUCACUGACCACUUCACGUGCACCUCCGCUAACGUGCACUUAUUGCAAAAGUUAUAUAUUGGUGAAACAGGGUAACAACUAGGUGACCGAUUUCGAGAACUCCUUCGUGAUGUAGAAAGAAAUGACAAGGACGCAUUAAAACUACAAACCAGUUGUUAGACACUUUAAUCUCCCUAAUCAUUCUAAGCUGAAUAUGGCCGUUUGUGGCCUUUCCCUACUUUUAGGCAGUUCAGAAAGCCUUAAAACUCUAGAAAAAAAAUUAUCUUUGAAAUCGGCACUCUUAAUCCCCACGGUAUCAACAAGCGCAUUUCAUUUAACUAAUUAAUUCUUGUUUUCUCGUCACCAUAUUCCCACCAAUAGCGUAGCUCCAUUUUCUGCGCAUAAACACACACACAACCCACAAUUCUUCCAAUCGCUUUGAUGAAGGGCUAACAAUCGAAAUGUCAGCUUUGAAACUCUCUACGGUGGCCAAUUUACAUUAUCAACUCAGUUGAUAAGACUAAAUUACCAUGUUUAAAUCAGCUCGUCACAUAAUUCUUGAUAGAUCGUAACCAAGAGUUUAGCUUAUUGUGCAUUAUAGUUAGUCCUGUAACUAAAAAAACAGCUAUAAAGCAAUUUUCAAUCGAGUAACGAUAUUAAUUCGGAAUUACUUUGUUAUGAUUUACCUCGCUCUUUCACGUGUUCACAAAACUUGAGCCAUUCCCUCAACCAAUGAGACGUAAAACGAAUACCAAUGGUGGCCUAGUUAUCUGCGUUUCCGGUUUUUUAUUAUGAGUUCUCAUCGGUUAGUGCUGUUUUCCUUUGUUAUGAUUGGCUAGUUGUUGUGAUAACUUUGGUCUCAACUUUGGUGGACAAGUGUCUUUUGACAGUCCAUUAAAAAAAUUGCUUAAAAAAAUGAAAGGGCUAUAUCGCCAUCCUUUGUGAAAAAAGUACCUCUACUGAAAUCCUUUUUUGUAUGUAGGUUUUCUUUGAUGGCCAAAGAUGUCAACAAGGCUCCCAGACAAUCGAUCUUGACGUGGAUGCUACAGACAUGUAUGGACCGGAGACCAUAACAAUGAGAGGGUUACAGUCUGAGACAUUUGCUUACUAUGUACAUAUUUAUUCUGUGGGUGUCUGCUGGGAUAAGAUAUCAGCCAAUGUCAAGAUAUACCAGGCUUCCACAGGUGGUCUGUUGUACAAUAUUCAACAACCGGAAUGCAGUGAAGGUAUUAAAGCUGGGCGGGUGUAGCUUUAGUUUGUGAUGAAGGUUGAGUCAUUGUGGGUCAUUUGUUUGCCCUUUGCCAAAAGUCUUGUUCGGUUAUCGUCGAGUGGCAGUUCCACGGUGCCAAAUCGCAGGAAUAGGAUGUAUGAUAAUCAUCUCUUGAACAAAGAUCUCCCACAAACACUUAACUGACCUAAUGGAGUAACGUAAUAUUUUGUGGAUAUCUAACUUAACUGUUUUGAAACAUUGCAGAUAGAUUUGGAUACGACAGCACCAACUGUUCCCGUUACUGGCAUGUGUUUGAUUUUGAUGCCUCCACGGCUAAAUUCAAAAUUUACCAGAACAAGCUCAUGACCAAAGCACCUGUGCUCUCCGGGAAGAAUAAUGCCGAUCCCAAUUGCACUUGCUUAGUGAAGAACGACAUCUCAAGCGUAGACGUCAUCAGUUCUGCGGAAAAGAUUUCUGUUACAGCGGAGAAUCUCAUGGUUGAUAUGUUGUGUGUCAACGAGAUGAAGAACAUUUACGAUAACUCAAGUGAGUGACCUUGUUUAGUAUGAAAAGGGAGGAAAUUUUAUAAUGAUGCCAAGCCCAUGACAAACCUCUCCCCGACUCGUCUCAAAUCUCCCCGCUAGCGGAGAAACGUUUGUCCUGCAGCGCUUGAGAGCCUGCUCGCAGGCUACAGUACAGUUUACAUUAACGUUACGGUAAUAUUUUUCGAGAAAAAUCGAAUGUACCAAAUAAAGGGCAAAAAGCUCACAAUAAAUCGCUUAUACCAGAAAAGAUUUUCCCUUGAAAAGUUGUCUCAACAAUUUUGUUUUUAAAUCGAUUACUCGUGUUUCUGAUUUUCAUAUCUUUCCAUUGAUCCCUGGAGAGGAAGCAAUCUCCUUGUUUGGUCAGGAAAUUCCCCAAUAUGGCUCAAAGAAAGCAAAGAAUUCUAGUCCAUUUGCAUUUCAAAGAGUUGAACUGAAGAAUUUGGUUGAUUAGCAAAUGCCCUACGGGACUUGCCGGUAUUAACCCAAUACCCCCGUUUUUUUUUCCUUUUUCUAGUGAAGAAGAACAUAAGGUUGAAUCCUUCUGAUUUGGUGGACAAGUUAGCGAUGUUUAUCAGUGGCCAGAUUGAAAUGAAGAGGCGUCUCGGAAACAAACUUAAGAAUGUGAUUGAAAAGGAAUAUGAAGAAUACAAGAGCGCUAAAAGACCAAGGAUAACCAAUCUCAAAGAAAUUGCUCCUAAACAGUGCUGCCGCUACGAUGGAAAUACGAAAUACUCUACCAAGUUUCAGAGAUGGGUUGACCAUAACUCGGUAAAUAUUGGUUAAUUUUUCAGAUUUUAAGCAGUUGUCAAUUGAAUGUCGACAGUAAUCCGAGAUUGCAUUGGUUUGCUUUACUUCGCUCUGUGAUUGGUCCAGUAAAAACUCGCGCCAUUCUCUCAACCAAUCGGAUGCAAAACUAGAACCAAUCAUUUUCCUUUCUUCUGAUUGGCCGUUGUAAUUCUUUGGCUUUGGUUUCACGACACUCAAUCGAAAAGCACUCUAAUGAGAGGACCCGUUUUUAAAGGAUCUAGUCAUCAUAUUCUGCCGAUGUUGUUUUGGGGAUUACGAUUGGUACGAAAAGUACCCACAUUCGUACAUACGAGUUUGUAAUAGUUUUCUCCAGAUUCAUAACUAAACCUAGGUAGAGCUGACAAUGUACCAUUUGGCUCUUACCGCCCUUCUACUUUACUAGUGAACUUUUUUUUUCCUUAUUGCUGUCUCCUUUGUAAGAUGUCGCUUAUUGCAUAAGGCUGUGCGUGAAAUGCCGGUUUACAGAGGCAGUCUAGUCACAGUACUAUUACUUUUAGCUAGCUAUCUGUCUUGUUCUUCACAGAAAACCGAACCUUCUUCUUUUUGUUGUGAUAAUUUCUUCUUCCUUUUUCUUGUUUUGCAGAGCUGCUGGUCUUGGCCAAGCGAAAUAAAAGAGGUAUGGAUUUCCUCAUCUUUGAAGCUAGCAUUUGUAACUAUUGCUAACUAGUUUAUCCUGUUUCAGAUGCCUGAUGAACUUGUUUCGGCUUACGACUGGACUAUUCCGCUGGAGAAGGAAAUGAUGGAAAAUGUACAUUCCAAGUCGCAGAAGGUACUACAACUCUAUUUUGAGCAAAUUUACAGUGGAAUACGCCGUUCAACCCGUCAAACAGUGAUAUUUGAAAGCGAGCACAUUGUUUAAGUAUUGCUUAAGAAUGUCACGAGAUGAUCUCCAAGUAAUUGUGAUUUAAGAAAUUGGAAAUUUUGCCUAAAUUUUUGACGGGGUUCUGUAUCCCAAGAGACUUCCUAACAAAUAAUCGACGAAGCAAGUUAGAAGCGGGGCAAAUUGUGGUAGUUCUUUGUUUUCAUGAACUAGUUGCGCACAUGUAAAUGAAUUUAUUAUCAAAUCGAUUUUAUUGCUAUGUUCUGGGUAGCGCCCCAUUGGUAACUGGGAGAAAGGGAUUUGAACCUGGUCGAUGCCUCACUUUUUUGAGUGGAUUGAAUUCAGUUGCUUCACAAAGGGGUGGAUCCGUCUCUUGGCAUCUAGAGUCAAAUUUGAACUCUCUUUAAGUUAUCAGCCUGUUAUUGCCUUUCAGAAUUUUAAUCCUCGCGGUCAACACAAGUGGCAAUAUUUCGCUGACGAUGCAACGGGAUUUUUCCGUAAAUUUCCCGCUGCGUUAGUCAGCUCGUCCAAGUGUGGUAAGUUUAAAUUUGUUAUGUUAUGUAAAGUAGAGUAUUUAAGAUGGAAGCAUUACUGAAGGCGAAAUUUCACUCUGCAAGACGAUGUAAAUUUAAAAUUUCUCUCUGUAAUGGUUAGGGACCAGAGACGAGCGGCUUCAACCAUGGUACAUUGCGGCUAUUCUACGACCAAAGAAUGUUGUCAUACUGUUUGACAUCAGCUAUUCCAUGAAAGAAGAAAACAAAAUCAUAUUCGCCAGGACCGCCAUUACGCCGAUGCUAAAGGGGUUGCUGCCGACAGAUUUUGUAAAUGUAAGUUUUCGCACAACUUUUCUGCGCCUGCCUAGUAGAAUAUAGCGUUCUGAAAUAAAACAGACUCUUAAACGAGAUUUAUGCAGUGGAAGAAUACAUAGGACCUUUUACGAAACUGAAAGGCAAAUUCCAACUUCAUCAUCAGGUGAUCGCCUUUGCGGAGUCGGCACUUCUCCCGGGUAUGACGCACAGCGGAGAUUCAGAUAAUACAUACAACAGCUGUUUUAACACUCAGCUCGUGCAAGCCAAUGGCCAAAAUCUUCUGGACUUGAAAAGGUAAUCAAUGUGAACAGUAUAUUGAUACUUAUUGAAAAUUCUUCAUCACUUCUGUGACCUGAGCACGUUAACCUUUUCAUUAGCUUUUCUUUUUAUUGUCUACCAUACUAUUCGUAUGAUAUUAUUUUGUAGAAUUUGGUAUCGGAUCACCCCUUAAUUCCCUAAUUGAUAUACGCUACAGAACAUGUUAAGUCUAUAAGUUUUCUUCCCUGAGUUCUCCUUCAGGGUUUCUAUUUGUCCACACCUACAAAAUCAAAACAUUGAAUUAAAAUCCUACUUCAAAGGCUGGAUGAAGAGCCAUCCUUUGAAUUAGCCUCUCCCAAAAUCCAAUUUAUCUUUUAUUUUUCCACAUUUAUCUCUUAAACUUUUAAAAACUUCGUGGCCUAUGACAUUUCAACCUCUAUGCUUGCAGUAAAGUACUAGGUUCCAAGCUGAAGUCACUCAUCUUUUAUCUUCAUUUCUUUUACAUUUGUAUUCUAGAUUUGUUGAGGAUGUUCCUCUUGCCUCCACCAUGACGUCUAAUUAUUACAAUGCGAUUUCAAUGGCCUUAAAACUGCUCACGAACAUGAAGAACAACCGUAACACUCACGUAAGUAACGCAGAACUGGAUCUCUUUUUACCAGGCACUUUCGAGCACUUCCCAUUCCAAAAUUAGCUGAUUAUCGAGUAUGUCCACCUAGCGGAAACUUUUACCCAUUUGUCCAAAUAGUUAACUGUUGUUCUCCUUUCCUUUGAUGCGAAAUUUAAUUCUCAAUUUGAAUUAUUUCAACAGUUGAUUUUUCUAGCCGGAAGUACAGAUGUGUCUACAGAAGACAUCAGUGCCCUUCUUUCUGAGAGUAACACGACAAUUAGUGUUUACACUUACAGUUUACUAGGCGGGACAUCAAAUAACAUCUCGGCGAUGGACGAACAUUCUGUGAACAGACUUAAGCAAAUGGCCCGAACAACUAAUGGAAAAUAUGAAGUAAGUUGUUUUGGGGUAGUUUUUAAAGCUUUAACGUAGGUAUAACCAAUUGUACUACCGUCAGCCAGAAGACGUGAUCGUAAAAACCACCAAAUAUUACCAAAAACUGGAAAUUUAAAUAGCACCAAGUAGUCACUUAGUGGAUCUUACAGAGUUUCAUGCAGCUAAAAGUUUAAGCUCCCAGAAAAUAAGUACUAUAACAAAACAAAAACCAAGUUGUCAUGUGUAUCGUUAAUGAAUCAAAGCUUUAGCAUCAAGUGGAUGACUUUUUACUCAGGCCACCAUAUAUUGUGCCUCUUUCUAGAGUAUCACAGAUUAUCGAAAGCUGGCCUUCUCCAUGGGUCGCUUUUACAGGAAUAUUCCCAGCAGUAAGAAAAGCGACGAAGGACCGAGAGUAAGUAAAGACAAAUCAAAGGGUGUCAUUUAUUUUUUAGAAAAUGCACAGAUCUUCUAGCGUCAGAGUGUCAGUUUGCAGGUAGUUGUCUAUGGUACAAAACAGCGAACAACAUUGGGCAUGCGUGAAUGGAUCAAUUUUUGCCAGCCGCGCGCAGAUUUCCCGCGCAAAAAUGUAAAGGAAAACAUGAGAAAUAACCGGUGCCAUCUAAUAUUGAACGCAUGUAUUUCGUUAAAUAGUCAUUUGCUUCUUAACGCUUUCGACGUCUUCAUUUCAUUGACAAGUAAAAUGUUUCGUGAACAUUUUUCUUCCAGCUGUCGUCUCCUCAGUUUGCUGAGAGAUUAGGAAUGUACGUGACACUUGGAGUUCCGUGUUACAGCAAGGACGAGGUAUGUCUCAUCGCUGUUUAAAUUCGGCAGAAAACCUCUUAGCCAGUGAAGGGUUAAAACAUGCCCAAGUCAGAGAUAUUCAGAAAACUGUGUUACAAAAGCAAGCAUCUUGCAGAACAGAAUCUUGAAUAGGAUGUGGGUGUUAAAAACAAUGCCAACAGAUUAACAUGUGAGUUUGAAUAUUUGGUCUAAGAGAACAAUGAAUUUGCAUUAAUUUUUAGCACAAAUGCUUAGUCAAAAGAAUCAUGUCGGCUUAGUAAAACAAUAUCAGAAAAGCUAUAGCUAGUGACAUGUUAUCUUGUGGAAUAUGCUCUAUUCUCGUUUCAUGUUCGUUUUAUUUAUCCGUUCUCUUUCCAGUCUUUAAUUGGUGUUGUGGGAAUCGACAUAGCUUUGAGUGAGCUCCUUCAAAACACUGUGGUGAGCAAGCACUAUUUUCCUUCAGAAUUUUAUGCGCUACAUUUUAAUUAUUCUUUCACAAAAGUUUCAGCUUCAUUUAAUCAAAACUUUUAUUACAGUCGUUUGGUCCCGGUGAAUUGUCGUACACCUUCGUUAUCGAAACCGAGAAUGGCCGAGCUCUGGUUCAUCCCCAACUUCCCGAACCUGAGGAAAUUCAGGAAGAGCCGGUGGUGAUAAUUAUCAGUGACUUGGAAACUAGUCCUGGUAAGAGAUGAUUCUUAGUCAUUUUUUAUUGUUGUGUUUAGUCCUUACGAGUGUAAUGAGAACCCUACUCAGUGGGGAGGCGGAAGGAAAGAGAGACUGGAGCGGGCAGAACGCGUGACGAUUUCCAUAGAUUCUGAUAUCGUCAAACCUUGAGCAACUCGACUGUAUUCAUAUUUUUCCCAUCUACAACACUAAAUUAUUCUCACCCUUGAGUAAAUGUUAACCAUAGAUGUGCAAGCUAUAUCAAUACUUCAAACAGAUGUUACUGGGAUAGCGCGGGACUGACACUGAAAUCUCGCUAUGCUUCAACACGAUUUCUCACUUGCAUGGUUCGUCAUCUUACGCUUUUGGCUUUCAUAUUUAUCACUUGUGUUAUAGGCUUUUCCGAAAUCCUUGCUUCCAUGAUGAGGAGGGAAACCGGCAGCAAGACCUUAAGAUCUGAGAGGGUGUUAUCGCGGGGAGACCCGAAUUUUAAUGGUACGGCAAUGGCAUUGGUAAUGACACCUGGAGUGAGUCCUCCAAAGCGACAUCAAGAUUAUUUAGCAGAAUCCUUACUACUGAGAUUCAUAAAAACUAGAGCUGAAUAACAACAACGGCUAAUGAGUGCGAAAAAAAAUUGAGGGAAGAAAAGAAAAACUGGUUCAGUCCCAGGUUACUUCCAACAUUCACUUGAAAAUUGUCUGACUGUUAACUCUUUGACUCCUAAGAGUGACUAGCAUCUAAUUUCUCCCUACAAUAUCAGCCUUGAAUCACAUAUUAAGGUAAUGAGGAUAACAGAAAUGACCACCACCUAAAGAAGCUCUUGACUGUUAGACAGAUUCUCCUCGUCAGCACCUUAGGAAAUGUAUAGAGAACAGUAUGGAGAAUAUGAAUACUGAUACUUGGGGGUGGGAGGUUUGAAGCAUUUGUCGAAUUAUCCUAGUAACACCGCUAUCACUUACUCAUGAUAGCAGGCUCUUUUCUAGCGUCUAAUGCAGAUCUUUUUACCUUCUUCUUCACACCUUCUUUUCAGGUGUUAUUUUCAAAUGAACAUUUUAUAUUUAUUUCUUUUUCAGGUUAUCGUGGUGUGACGGCUAAUUUCACAUAUUCAUGGAAACCUGUCAACAACACAAACUUUGCUGUGUGCAUAGUUGUAGCGUCAAGCGAAUUGGACACAAAGGUUACAUUUGUAUUUUUUUUUCAGCUUUGACGGGAAAGUUUACUUAAAUUAACGUCUUGCAGUACACAGUUACAUUGGGUUGAAGCCAAAUUAAUCAGUUCAGCUCUUCAAAACUGUCAAUUCGCUCGGAUUACAUUACAUGUGACAAUGAAUUAGGCCUUUGAGAAAAAGGUAUACGUUUUUAGAGAACUUAGAUAACUUGGAUAAAAAAUAUGAAAAUUGCUCAUCUCCGUCGGAACUAAUAACAUGAUAAGGAAAAACAUACACACACCUUUCCUCAACCAUAAGAAGGCCACACGUCUCAAAAUAAAGGGACGGCAUUUUCAAUCGAUCUAUUGUGCUCAUUAAUGCUUACCCCUUCGUCCCUGAAAUAUUUCACCAGUUGUAUUCCUUGAAAGAACAUGCCGAGAGUUCAAGGUGAGGUGUUAGGUCUUAAGUGAGUAACAAGACCUCUCAGACGUUUUGUUCUCCAUUUCAAGUCGGGAGAGUUGCGUUAGUCAGCUAUUUGCAUGUGUGAGCCGAAUUUACCAGCAAAACAUCUAAUCAAUUUCUUGAUCUCUUUCCUUCUUUAGGAAAUAGUCAGUCACAAACCGUACUCUCAGCCUGAUCUUUAUCACCGCUAUGAUUUGGUGAAAUACUUGGAUGUUGGCUCGAUUAUCGAGGACAAACCAAUCGCUUUUCUGAGCAACACGUCUUUUCCUGCGACGCUUUCUCGCUCAAAGUAAGUGUGUUGCACGAUAUUUGUUCUUUACAUUUGAAGAUUCGAAUUGGAUCCUUUUGCAUUAAAGCGAGGAGAUUAAUCUAAUAAUGUCCUGAUUCACAAAAAAAUUUUUAGAGAAGAAUUCUGCGUACCAGCAAUUAUCUGACGACAAGGUGACGUCGUUAGUUCUUAUAAUGUUUUGAGAUUGGAUAAAGAUCAUCCAGUGGAAUCGAAUGUAGUUUAAUAAGCUAUCUUUCUUAACUGGUAAAGAUACAGUUGCUUCCUCGUUAAUAAUCGGGAAGAGAAAUUUUGCAGGGAAUCCAUGUGCAGGGGAGAAUAAUUUGGAAUGAAUAAGUUUUAUUGCAGAUCGUAGUGAUUUUUGUGUGACAUGAUGUUCGAAUUUUGUUUCUCUUUCUUUUCUCUUCUCUUUUAGUUAUUUUCUCAGUUCCAGUUGUUUUAAUGAUCCAUACAUGUUUGAGAACAUGCCGGUAAGCUCGUUUGAUUCCUUAGUAAAAAUAUCUGGAUGAUUUAAAUGUUGUUUUAAAAAACAUUUGGAAUGCCCAAGAAAUUUAAAUUCCUUCGAGACCGGAUAAUAAAAUAGCGCGAUGUUUUUUGCUAGAGUGGAAACUCUGGCGCUACGUCCAACUUUCCACUGAACUGAAGGUAAAACUAAUUACUUUGAAGUCCAAUUCUUGGUCAAGUACUAUCGGCGAUCUUGUGCUUUACACUUUCUUAAUCUGUUUCCGCUCUCGUUUAUAGUUUGAUUUUAUAGAAGUAAACGGCUGUUGAGGAGCUAAUGAAUUAGCCGUCUAAAACAUGACAAAUGGACGAUUAAACUUAACAUUAUAUUUUUCAAACCGCUUAGUGACCUUCACAGUCAUUUGUUGGUUCAAUCAUUUUUGAUUGUCGUGCAGUCUUUUGAUAGGAAAAGUCAGGAAAGUUGACUUGAGUCACAUAGCUAACAGCUGACUGGUCACAAUCUCCCUUAGGGGUAUACAAAAUAUUUCAGAUUGUUGACAACCCUUUUCAAUACCACAACGUUCGCAAAAAAUUGCGACGGCGGAUCCUGAAGAGAGGGGAGAAAGGAGGGCAAGACUUUGAGCAGUCACCGCUGACUGGUAUUGUGGAGGCUCAAAUUUUUUAAUGCAUAUUGUAUAUAUUACAGGAAACCCUUGAGUUUGUGAAGCACCUGUCUGAUUACGUGGAUGGAGUUGUUGAUACAUCUCCAAUACCAUCACUAAAGAAAGGUGUUUUAGUGGACAUACGACUCACUAGAGAGAUAGAGAAGUGGUAUGGAUAUAAACUAAACCAAAAUAUUAUUCGUAAUGGUAAGAGGACCGAGUGGAGUCCACUUUGGUCUGUUAUCGUGUGAGUGAUUAACAAAAUCGGACGACCGCUGAGCGGGAGUCCGAUUUGUUCAUCAUGAGUAUGAUUAAAGACAGAAUUGGAAUACACGAAGUCCUGUUACCAAUUCAUCAUAUCCGUUACAAUUUCCGAAGAAAAAACCGCGGAAAUAAGUCAAAAUUGACAAUGGAAAAAGUAUCUCCGGUAUAUCUAGAGACAUGGUCUAAGCUAAAGAAUUCCAAUUAAUUACCAAUUAAUCAUAUCCGUUACAAUUUCCGAAGAAAAAAACCGCGGAAAUAAGUCAAAUUGACAAUGGAAAAAGUAUCUCCUCUAUCUCUAGAGACAUAGUCUAAGCUAAAGAAUUCCUUCCUUUAGGAAAUUCCCAAGUUUUGUAGGGAAGGGGUUGUUGCUAUAGUUAUUGUAUUCAAUUCUGUGGUUGGUGGGUUUUUAUGAGUGGACUUAGUAUGAUUGGCUGCUUUAACUGUUCCAUUACAGGCGUCGUAUUACAACCAACUGUCUGAUUACACUUUCCGAUUAAAACUCUACAGAAAAAUUAGUGAAAAAUAAAGCAAUUAAUGCACCAAUCACUUUUAAAGAGUUUGUAAUGAUUAUGAUAACGUCAAUAAUUAAAACUGUGAGUCAUUAAUGAGUUGGGCCAAUUAAUUCAACAAAUAUUCCUUGCGAAAGAUCAUUUUUUUUUGCGGCUCAAAACAAAAGAUUCACAACAUUUUUCCUAUGCAUGUCGUAACCUUUUAACUCCAAAGAUCUGACUGUUACUGCUACAUAUAUCCUCCUGAAUUUGUUACGUCAAUUUGGCGUUAGGUCAAGAUAACAACUUCUACUUGAUAAGUUCGAGUAUUUUCAUUACCUUGUACGGGAUAAUAUUUGGAUAUUAUAGGGAGAAGUUACACGUUAAUGACUUCUGGAGUUAUAGGGUUAAAUGUAAUUAUGAAAGUAAAAAAAUAAGACCUGAAAUCCAUCAGUCGUAUGUAAAGUGCAUUGCAAAGUAAAUUGCAAAGAUUAUUUCAAAUCAGUCUGUUAGGACAAACACAGCGAAAAAGAUCCACGUUUCACGCUAUGAGCGACUAGAAACCCAUCCUAGAACGUAGGUUUUAUCACCUUCACAUCACUGUUCACCAUAGACAGGCUUAUCUCAGUUUGCGCACAGUUUCGUUGAUUAUCAUAGAAUUGCCUUCGGCCUUAUGGUUUUUAAUUGAUCUCCUCUGUUCUAUCAGCUGGAACCGUAACCCUAUGCAUGUCCUCGGUAGCAGCGCAGCAUGGCGGUACAUUGCCACCAAUUCUGGGGCGAUGAGGCAGUAUCCGGGCAGGCAAACCUACAAUAACAGGUCAGGGACGUUAUCCUGACAAUGUGAAAAUACUGUCAAUAGUAACCAUGACGAUGACGAUCGCGAUUACAAUAACGAUGACGUAGAGAUGACGAUGACGAUAAUGGUAACGAUGACGAUAGCGAUGGCCACAAAGUUAACGAUGACGUUAAGUUGGUAAUGAUAAUAACGAUAAUGAUUACAUUGACACUGACGAUAAUUACGAUGAUGACAACAAAUAUAGAGGAUAAUGUUGACGAUAUGUUGAAAAUGACAACGGUAACGAUGGUGACUAUGAGGUGUUCUUCUGACUAGUUUGUGAAUAAUUUUUUUGCUUGAGGCUUUUUUUUUACUCUGUUAAGAUAUGACCCUACCACACGUCCUUGGUACUACGCGGCCAAGUCGUACCCAGGAAAAGUGACUUUCUCAGUUCCUUAUUUGGUAAGUAGUAAGCCAUUAUAAGCGAAGGCCAUUGAAAUGAAAGCUAGACAACGUAAAACUGUUCACACACCCUUUUCUGUUUUUCCUCGUUACUCUGUAGGACAAUGGAGGGGCUGGAGUGGUGGUUACAACAAGUCAAACAAUCAGCAGUGAUUCAAUGGUAAGAAAGUGGACUCUGAUGCUUAUCUCCUCUCAGCUUGUCCAUCCGUUUCCCGUAGCUACCGACAGAAGUCCACUUUUUGACUUCUCUCAUUUGUAUUUUCAGACUACAUAAUUAACUGGCAAUAGUUCGCAUGGCACUACGCUGCAACUAAUCAUGGUUUUAUUGGGGUACAAGAAAACUUCCCGACUAUUCCAAUGAGAUCAAUGACGUUAAAAACCACCUUUGUCGCAAAUGUUAAUUUUAGUUGAUCGAACCAUGUUAUCGCUUGCGACUAAAUUCCAUUGAUCAUCGAUUUAUCGAUUGUCAUCCAUUUAUUGAAUGGUCUUCUGAUAUCAAUCUUCCCACCGCAGGAAACGAGAAAGGUUCACAUUGCAUUGUUUUGCUUUUAAAAUAUUUCCUUUUUUCAUAACUUCAAGGUCAGGGCCGUAAUGGGUAUUGAUUUUAAAAUGAUCAAGAUUCAUCAAAUAGUCACCGAUAGUGGACCUAUAUGCAAAAAGAAUUCUGGUGAGUUUAUGCUCCAAAAGUUUAAUAUUAAGAAUAGUAGCAAUGGCCAGGGACUGCAGUGGUGGCAUAUUUGUUCAGUUCAUGUAACUGCUACGACUUUUUUGAGAAAAAUGUCAAUUCCAAACAUUUUCGUGCCUGUCGGGUAAACACCAAAACAGGAGAUAAAUAAUUAACCUUGCUAAUAUUUACUUUUACAGACCUUUCCACUUUCCACAUAAUGUCAUUCCUCUGAUGGGAAUCUAUUUGUUAUUUUUCAGCUUCAUGUAUGCUAAUUGAUCCAAAUGGCUAUGUGGUUUACAGUAAACAGUUUAUGUCCAGUCCCAGGUUUGUAGUUCUGGUUGGGUCUAAGGACAUUCAAUGUUUUCAUGCUGGAGCACUCGAAUUUUAUCAGGCAACCAUAUUAGCUUGAAAGGAAAUUUUAGUCUAUGAUGAUGUAUCCUUGCAACUUGAUUCAUUUUUAACUCUUUGCAUGAAUAUGGCUUAAUUUCGGAGCGAGUUGUGGUGUUGCCUCGACACCCACUCACCAACUCACCCACCCACCAACUCACCCACCCACCAACUCACCCACCCACCCACUCACCCACUUACCCACCCACCUACUCACCCACUCCUCCACCUACUCAUCCACCCACUCACCCACCCACCACCCACCACUCACCCACCCACUCACCCACCCACUCACCCACUCACCCACUCACCCACCCACUCCACCCACCCACUCACCCACCCAUUCACUCACUCCGUUGUGGACAUUUACGUCACAUUGAAAUCCACAUAUCGGAGCUAGAGGGUCCGUCAGGUUAGAAAACGCGAGGAUGUUAUUUUCCGUCACAGAGAUAAGGACAAUCAACAUUACUCAUUUUAAGAAACGUUUUAAAGAUAACUUCAAUUUUUUGCUGGUGUGUUACUAUGUUUUAACACUUUCUUGAAUUUAUAGAGCUGCUAAAGAACGCGUCCAUCUCGCCUUCAAACAUCCAGAACUGCUGUUAGACAUAAAGAAGAAAGGAAUAAUAUCCACAAGUUUAGCUUGUAAUGACUUGGAGGUAAAUAUCAUGAUAUCACAACCUUCACAUUAAUUUUUGUCCGAGAGUGUCAUACAUGUCAAAGUAAGGACAGACAGGGUGAACUAAAAAAAUGAUGGGAAGUCCUACAAACCUACAAUGAACUAGUGUCUCAUUUAGGAAUAGAAGUAAUCUCUUUCUAUUCUAAACACAUGAGGCAGUGUGUGUAUCAGACGUGAGUAAAUGAAGCUAGAGAGAAAACAGGGAUUACAUCUCUUAACUCAUUUAGGCGAAAGGUCAGCAGUGAAAUAUCGUUUUUGAUUGGUAAGGAAUGAGUGUAUAAUGGAACCCGAGAAGUAUGGAAAGAUGCAAGGAAUUUCAUCCUAAUAGCGAUCGACAAGAGCGCAAAAUUUUCCUAGACAUUAUGUUUAAUGAUAAGCUCUGUAUUAUAUUUGUCUUUUCAGCUUGGCCAAACUUACACCAACUACAAGAUAACUGACACACUUCCUGCGUGAGUAUUUUGUUUACUAUAAAAGGCUAAUUUAAUUGAAACAUGGCGUGAACGAACACAGUGGUGGUGAGAGAGCUGCGGCACCCUCUGUGUAAUGAAACCUCAGGGUACCCAUUAGUAUUUAAGGAAGAAUCCGGGUACUACUACUCGGAUACAAAAGUUUAUGUAACCCGCCUGUCGUCACGUAGGACUCAAAGGAGUUCACCGCUAGUUUUAAUCGUACAUUCUAAGCAUUGGUUUCUAGACAACAGGAAUAAAUAAGUUGUUAUUUUUUUUAUCGCAACAGAAGUAAAAUCGUGAUGAAGUAAAAUAAUAGUUACGUAUUCCUGUUGGUCUGACGAUGCACUCACUUCCGAUGUCGAUUUCCUCUAAAAUUACUUCAUGAUUUUGGUCUUUCUUUGUUUUUGUAAGAUCUCAUUCUCUUGCAUUUCAGUGGUAUUGUCCGAGGAAACUUGACAUGUGGUUAUUACAUCAUGGUAGCCGUACCGAACACAAAUGUGUACCUCGUUGUCCUUGAUGGGGGAGACUGCCCGGACCCCGCUAUUAAAUGCACCUCGGUAAGUUUGCCCAACAAUUGGGGAUCCUGUUCCCUACUUCCUUCCCUCUCACUCGAAAGAAACGAUAGAAAGGAGAAAACAAGAGCGUUACAUUCUAAAGUAAACAAAUUAAUUGAGUUGAUCUAAAGAUCAGUUUCAAGUGCAAGAAAUAAUUUUUAAAAUGCACCAACCAGUUGCAAAAUUAGUUGAAUCAUUCUGCAUUUUCAUUGUCAGAGUUCUCUAUGUCCGAAAUCUCGAAAAAAUAACCCCUUCCCUGCUUCUUCCCCGCUUAUCAACAAUGCUAGCCAACCGAUAUCAUCGAUAAUCUUGGAUUGGAGAAAUGUUGUCAUGAGAAGCCAACAGAAAAGCUGGUUUGAACAUGUUGGUAUCUGGUUGUAUCAGGCGUGUGAAAGAUAAACUAACCAAUCCAUCAGACAACCUACAAUAAAAAACCUUUGGACUUAUCAGUAAUCUUUAUUAAGUUGUUUAUUUGACAUUGAGGAAGGUGUGGUAAUUUUUUUUCUGAUAUUUCGAUGAGUGACUCUUCUCCUCUACCGUGAAUCCAUUCAAUGCUUCCCUCCUCUUUGAAUCGUUAUAAUGUCAGCCAAGUCCAGGUCAGGAGUUCACAGUUUGAAAUAACUCAGACUUUUCUGUCUCUUGUUCCCAGUGUUCAAAGAAGUCGUGUGCGGAUGGUAUCACUAAAGAUAUUUCCCUGUCGGCGCCAAUCUGCGUGCCUUGUCUGUGCAAUGUACCUUACAGUCCAUGUGCCCUGCACUAUUAUAAGGUAUGGAUUUACCUUGUGCUGAUCAUGUCUCUUCGCUCUCAAAGCUAACAAUGAUCAUCAGAUUUCAAGUCUGCCGUGACCCAUGUCUUCUAUAGAUAUGUUCAAAUCUGCUGAAAUGUAUACUAAAACAAGUCUUAUCUAACAGAAAUUGGGGAUGUCUGUGAUGAAAAAAAAACUCGUUGGAACUUAUUUUGCUCUGAUGAAAGGCUUACAAAAUGAGUAUUGCCUUUUACAUUCUUAUAUCUAUCAACGAGGUGUGUUUCAAAUGGUUUUCUUUACAGAGUCCAAAUGCUGCAGUGGCUUGUCCUUCAAUUCGUCGAAGCCUGGGGACGACAAAAAGCGCUUGCAAGAAGCCUGAUACCGACUCCGUCUUCGUUCGCGUUCCAACACGUGACCCAAGCCUCCGUUCAACCCAGUCUCCGCACCCGAAGAACCCAUCGGGGUCUGGUAACAAGUUGAACUUUUUGUCGGUGUAUCUACGGCUUAUGUCGUUUCUUUGGCCAUUUUUCCUGCGUUGA